CACGUGGCGCCACUGCACUGUCUUCUCUGAACCGCCUCUGACUGCUAUGUUCUUAUAAGCCCGCUUUCCAUCUGUUCUUGAGUUGGAGAAAAUAUAUUAUGGCUUCACAAGAUCAAGCGCGAAGAAAGAAGAAAAGUGAGGUAGGGGAGAAACAAAGUGUGAGCAAGCAAUUUGAGUCUCUCACCGAGUCACCAGAAAGGGCACAAAAUGUUGGGAAAUUCGAGAUGCAAGGCGAGGAAGGAGAAGGAGAUAUUGGGAAGUAUAGGCAAGCAGCGCAGCAGAAUUCCAUCGACGCUAUAAGAGCGGCACAGGAGAGAUACGAGAAGGCCAAAGAAACUGCGACAACGGUGAAAGACAAGGCUGUUGUGAGUGGAUGGGGAGCGGGGGAGUAUACAGCAGAGAAAGUCGCGGAGGCAACAAAAGCUGCGGCGAAUGUCACAGCCGGGGCUGCGGGGUAUGUGGGGGAGAAGGCCGUGGCUGCCAAGGAUAAAGUGGGGAGUGUAGGAGUGAGUGCUAAGGAUUACGCUGCUCAGAAGUUGGCUGCUGCUACGGAUGCUGUUGUGGCCGCCCAGGAAAGUGCUAAGGAGUAUGCGGCUAGGAAGAGGGCAGAGGCUGAGAGAGAGAUGCUGGCCAAGCAAUCCGCUGAAGCUGAGGAAAGACAUGAUGAUAUCGCAGGAGCGGGUCGACAAACAGUUGAGGCUGCAAAGGAAACAAUGUCGAAGCCAGUGGGGGAAUUUUCGCAGGCAGAACCAGAAUAUGGACAUGAGGGACAGCAAGGCGGAUUCGGUGGAGUGUUACAGGCUAUUGGCGAAACUGUAAUAGAAAUUGGGCAGACAGCCAAGGAUUUUCUGGUUGGCAAGGGCUAGUGAAAGACUCGGAAAUCACAAGUAGAAGCUUGGCAGUUAUCAGUGUUGUGCUCUCUCUAGCCAGUAACAAUGGAGUUUAUCCUUGUUGAGCUGGUGUUUCUGUAAACUUUAACAAUCCUAUUCACUAUUGGGGACUAGUUAGUUUUAUGUGAAACAAGACCUACAUCUGUAAGCUGUAA